CUUCUUUUCCUAUUUUGACAUCGAGAUACAAAAAAAAAAUAAGGUUAGGAUUUAGUCAUUGUUAUUUAAAUUAUUUCAAUGUUUCUUCUAAGGUCAUUUGGAUUUAUUUGAAGUAAUGAAUUAUUCAUUCUGAUUAUAAAGAAACCAAUCCUGAUUUUUUUCAACACGCAUCGUUCUGAUUUCUAAAUAAAGAUGAUAUACAGUAUAGAUAACAAUGAAUAACAAAAUACUCAUCCAAUUUAUAUUUCUGUUUCAUCAAACUUUAAGCAGCUCUGCCAACAAUGCUUGCACCAUACUAAGAAACAACUUCGCAAAUGCAUCUUCCCAAUUUACAUUAUGUGCUGUACAUAACUCCAGACCAAUUACUUUUUGUGAACAAUGUGUUGAUCCAUACAGAGAUGUAUUAGCUGCUUAUAAAAAUAUGACUAUAGAAAUGUUUGAUAACGAAACUAAAUGUAUAGAUAUAUUUAUCAAUCUUGAUAGGCUAGAAAUAAUAGAAACACUUUAUGAAAAUAAUGUAGCCCUUUGGAAUCGAGCCAAAUGUUAUGAAUGUUAUCGCAUUGAAAAUGGAACUCAAAGUAAAGUGAUAUCAAACGAAACCAUACAAUUUCAAGAACAUUAUACGAAUUUUAUGGUCUGUGUCAAUCAAACGUUAAAGAAGGAUGACCUUUGUGGAAAAUGUAUGCAAAAAUAUAUAGUUUUGAGUAACUUUUACAAUUCUAUCAGCAAUAAUAAUGAAAAGAUAGGUUUAUGCAUGGAUUUGGUAGACAUAAUGAAUACAACUUGGACAUUCUGGGGUGUAAACUGUUGUAAAUAUCGAAAACACAAUGAAUAUAUUUUUAUAACAAUCAGUGUAGUGAUGUUAAUUUUAACAUUUGUAUUUUAUUAUACUGCCCAGUUUUAUGUUGAAAAAAAAACCCCAACAAUUUUACAACAGUCCAGGUUUGUCGAGUCACUGAAUACUUUUGGUCUUCAAAGGUGAAUUACACUACCCAGUAUUUGUUUGAAGGAAUAUCACAAAACGAUAGUCAGAAUUUAUAGUAAAUGGUUAAUUAGAGUCUGAAAAUAAUAGCAGAUUAUGGCAAAUGAAAGUUGCUCACACUUCUUGUCAGUAGUGAUAUUCAAGUAAUUGUUAUUAAUUGUGAAUAUAUUCAGAUGUCUCUUUCUUACAAAUGCAAGUAAAUUUAUAUAAAUUUUUAUUUGGAUAAAAUAUUUAUACUUGAUGAAUCGAGACACUUGUUGUUUGACCUUUUUUAAAUAAAUUUAUCAUUUAGGUAAUAUAUACAUCAGAUCUAUUUUUAUAGAAAAGCUUUGUGAACCUAGUCCCUGAAGAAUUGUUUUUUACAUAUUUUAUAAUUUGGCUUCAAUAUAAUUAGAAGUUUUAAUAUAUCAAUUGUGAUAAUUUGUAAGUUAGGAAUAAAAUAUGCUUACAUUUUUUUUGUUUGAUCAUCAUUUCAUUGUACAAAAUUAUUUCAUUUCAAAUAUAAUAUUUGCUGGG